AUAUAAAGGACAAAUUCCUCACAGUAUUAUAUAAUCUGCAUGUUGCAAAGACAGUAAAAGUCGCAGUACACUGAAAUAUAGAUUGAGAACGUUUUAAGUAUUUUUCAAUCUUAUCAGUAAUUCAAACUCUAUUCAGUGCAAUUUAAACUUGAAUUGAAAAUGUACUUCAUUGGAUAUCUAUUUGCUUUAAUGUGCUCUUUAACGGUAGCACAAAGGCGUACGUUAAGUGAUGUUGAGUAUUACUGUGGUAACAAACCAGCCGAUGUCAUGUUUGUUCUGGACGUUUCUAACAGCAUCUGGAGACCCGAUUUCCUCAAACAACUGGACUUCGUUAAAGACGUCAUUGGAAUGUUCAAAAUUGCUGAAAACGUCACGCGUGUUGGAGUGACAACUUUCAGCUCCCAUGUGUACCGUCAGUUCUACCUGAAUGACUACUACGAUAGAGACGACAUGAGGAAUGCUGUCUCCCGCAUACGUCAAAAUCAAGGCUACUCAACAAAUACAGGACUAGCUAUCUGGCACAUGCGCAAACGCAUGUUCAGAGAAAGGCGUGGCGCGAGAAAAAAUGUUGCAAAGAUUGCAAUUGUUCUCACGGAUGGUCAGUCCCAAAACAUCGCCCGCACAGUAUACGAAUCAUUUAAAUCCAAGGCACAGAAAAUUACGAUGUUUGCUAUUGGUAUCGGUAACCGGAUUAACGAAAAGGAACUGACAGGCAUUGCAAGUCAACCAUCUUCACAGUAUAUGUUUAAAGUGGACGGGUAUUCGGCUUUAGACGCCAUCAAAAGCACAUUGGCAGUUCGUACUUGCAGAGUGACGACACCUACCACUACAACAACAACAACGACGACUACCACUACCACUACAACAACAACAACGACCACACCAACCACUACUACCUCACUGUAUGACACAGCAAGAAGAGUAUGUGCCGGUAGAAGAACGGACGUUGUAUUCGCAAUUGACUCCUCUGAUAACAUCAACGACGAAGACUAUAUCAAACAGGCUGAAUUCUUCAACAAACUAUCAGAAAACUUUGAUAUCUCCCCGGAAUCGACGAGAAUUGGUUCUUUCUUGUAUAGUGACCAGAUUCAGGAAAUGUUUAACCUUGUUGAAUACGAAAGUCUUGCUGGUGUACAGAAAGGCAUGAGUAAACUUGGAAUGACUGCAGGUGGAAACCGCGUUGACCUGGCACUUAGCCAAAUGCUGACGAAAAGUUUUAGGAGGUCAUUUACUCGACCCGAGGCUUCGCAAGUUGGUAUCAUAAUCACCGGAAGUCCAUCGAAGUACUUGGAAGUCUCUAAGCAUAUUGCAAAGAAAUCGACCAAAGCUGGGGUCAAGUACAUUGCCAUCGGAGUUGGGGACACGGUUGAUGAUGAAGAAUUACGUAUUAUCGCAGGUUCCGACGAACAGCGUAUUUACAGAUUAGACAGCUUUGAUGAACUAGAUAAAAUUGUUGCAGAAAUUGCUUUGCAGACAUGUCAAGUUGCUAUUCCACCGCCAACUGUUCAGGACCAACAAUGUGGCAGUAAACAAGAAGCCGACAUAAUGUUCUUGAUGGACAGUUUGAAUGCUGGUAAACGCAAUACAAGGACGGCUUUGGGAUUCAUCAAGUCACUGAUUAAUGAAUUAGACAUUGAAAACGACAACAUCCACGUUGGUCUGAUGUCAGCUGAAUGUGAGGACGACAAAAUCGGUUUCGGUUUAGGAGCACACUCCAGCAAGCAUGAGUUUGAGCAAACUUUUAACAACAUGAAAGGCACAGACUUUACUAAAAUCAUUCAUACGAUGAGAAGAAGAUCUUUCAGAAGUACUAACGGUGCAAGAAAACAUGCGAAGAAAAUUGCAAUACUGAUUAUAGAUGGAAGCUUGGAAGAGCCGCUUAAGACUCUGACGGAAGCUCAAAGAGCGAAGAUACAUGGUGUUGAAGUUUAUGUUGUCCAGGUUGGCGAUGAUGAACCACAGGAGGAAUUAUUGAUGAUGUGCGAUGAGUCUUCAAACCAACAUUUCUUCAAUGUAAAAUCAUACAAAGAACUUGAAAAACUGAAAGACAGAUUAUUACAGUCAUUAUGUGAUGAACUUUAAGUUACAUGUGGACGUGGUAUGUGUGUUAAGCUUAUCUGUGAUUCCAAAUUCCAACAUUUCGACGACUCAGGGUAGAUGGUAUGGCCUGUUCGAUUGAGGAGUGGUUACGGCCUGGCUGUUCCAUAUAUAAAGUGUUGAAGUGGGUGAUGUACAUAUUAUUAACGUUGAAAUGGACCAAACAAAUGCCAUUAGCAAGGACAGCCGCUGUUACAACGUUGGAACGAGGUUUACAUUAAUCAGCAGGGACUGAAUGGAAACAAAAGUCUCCUACAUACUUUUGCAUAAUGCUUGAAACAUAUUAUGAAUUUGAGAUACUGAGUGAAAUGCAAAGUUUUGAAAUAGGAACAGAAUGCGAGAAAAUGUGGCUAAGUUGUGUUAUGAGGUCAUAUUUAUCUAUCUUGAAAAGACAAGAGCUGGCACUUUUAUGUUUGCGCUGUGAUGCAUGUGCUAAAUAUAAAGGGUAUAUGACAAUCCUCUUAAACCUUGUAAAUUGGCCACAAAAUACAUUGUCCAAAUAUAUAAGUUAUUCACCAAUGUACUUUGCAGCUUUAAUUAAGCUAGUUUCAUGAACAAUUUCUAAAAGAAUAUGCGAAACUUUUGGAGUUGCUAUAAGGACAUUGUGGGUAUGUGCAAUAUGAAGUAUACAAUCAAAUAUAUGGUAUAAGAUCGUUGUAGUAAUGUAGUUCUUAUUUAUAAAAAUGAUCCGAUACAAGGUUGAAUACGCGAUCCAGUUUAACGUAGUUAUUUCUGUAUAAUUGUAAAUAACAUUCAAAUAUUUGCUUGUUAUAUCUUAUUUGUGAUAGUCAUUGGGGUGCUUUCGAUGUUGUUUGUUCAGUCCAGUGUUAUAAACUCGGCUCUGCCUUCGGCUAUAUCCGUGAUAAACUGGUAUCACCACUGGCUGUAUCCGGGAUAACUCGGCUCUGCCUACAUCUGUGAUAACAGCGCUCUGACCCUAGCCUAGCCUGCAUUGCGUCAUGCUACUUUCAGCCUGAAAGACAGUGGUUAAAGCUUGAUAUGUAAUUUAUAGAAAAUAACUAAGAUUGAUUUUACAGCUCAUAAUGAGUUAAAGGUAGCCAUUAUCUAUAAAGUAUAUAUUAAACACUAACUGCAAUGCGAUUCUAUAUUUAUGUCAUUAUAUUUUUGUCUAUAUGUUAUCAUCAAUUAACUUAUUUUUUUCUCUUGUAACACUUUAUUAUUUUGUGUAGUCUGUUAGAUAAUGUGUUAAAAAGUGAUUUCUUUAACAUUUAUUUACGAUCAUUUAAUAUUAAAGUAAGAAUUUUUCUAAAGAUGUAUACGUAUUAUGGUCAGUUCGAAACCAAACGUUCUAUCAUAAACGCAAUUCUUGAAGAUGGGAUAUUCUACAGGGAGGAAUAGUUGAUGACAUGUCGAAUCAUAUGUCAUUCAUUUUAUUAACAUAUCCAAUGUAUUUUUGUGAAGUUGUAUAAAGUAUUUGAUAAAGCCGAGAGCUUCGAAAUUUGUCCUCGAUAUAAUUUGUUUUAUGAUCUGACAAACAUAUUUUCAGCUAGUAUGCUUUUUAGUACAUCAAUAAAUGGGUGAAAUUAGGCUUUUAAAUAUAUGCAAAAAUGUUGAUGGUAUCAGUACACAUGACAUGAUUUUAAUAGUCAGGCUGAAGAAAGUUAAUUCAAAAUGCUCUACGCUUCAAACGGUAGCAACAAGUAUGGAAAUAUGGGACACGUCGCAGUAAAUUAUAGUAUACACAUUGGUUGUUGUUAAUUCAUAUUAUGAAAAUAAAUUAGUCCUUGUUAUUAUUAUUCCUUGAAGACAAUGGGAAGUCUAGACAUACAUCCGCUUUUUUAUGACCUUGUUAUUUAUUACAAGACACAUGCCUUUUAUUUUCAAAAUUGGACCAUACAGUUUUUUUAAUUUGCUGAAUUUCUUUCAAUUAUCUUGUACUAAAAUAUAUUUUCAUAAAAUUAAGGACCUCUCUCAUUAGAAUGAACACUGUAUUAAGAAAAACUAUAUAUUUCACAUGUAUAUUCACUUGAUCAUCUUUAUGAUAUUGCAUUAAUGUAAUCAUUUGAGAUCAUAUCUAAAACAUAAUAUGGAAAUGUGCUUACAUUGAUGGUAUUCCGUUUUGAAAUGAUGUUUACCUAUUAUUUAUUUUUUCAGAUAUUUUGUGUACAUUUAUGUUAUAAUCAUUAACAUGUUGAUUGUGAAAAAUCAGUUUUAAUAAAUUUUAUUAAUAAACCUGUAAAGUAAA